AUGGGACGGAAGGACAGCAAAGCUGCUGCUGCUGCUGCUGCUGCUGCUGCAGAAGCAGCAGCAGCAGCAGCAGGUGAUGAUGAGGGAGAGUUAGCUGGUUCGUUGAGUGGCGCUAAGAAGAAGCAGAAACGGCAUAAGAGGCCCGCAGAGGCUGCAGCAGCUGAGGCAGCUGAACCUGCUGCUGCUGCUGCUGCUGAUGCAGAUGCUGAUGGUGGUGCUGCUGCUGCUUCUGGCUCUGUAAAGAAGAAGAGGAAGUUGAAGCAAGACACAGCAGCAUCAGCAGCAGCAGCAGCAGCAGCAGCAGAGGAUGAAGGAGGUGUAUCUACAGCUCACGAGUCUGAUAGAGAAGCCGAGGGGGCCCCGGGGGCCCCCAGCAGCGAUGAGAGGCAGCAGAGGGGCCCCCGUGCACGCCAUCGUCAGCGGCAGCUGGAGGGGUGUUGGGGCCCUGAGGAGAUAGCAGCAAAGAAGCAGCAGCUGCUGCAGCUGCUGCAGCAGCAGCGCGAGAGCCUCUCAGCAUCCAGGAUAAAGAGGCUGCGUAUGCGGCUGUCUGUGCUGGCGAAGGCAGAGAGGGGAGAGAGGACGGCCGGAAGAGGGGCCAUUUGCUGCACGAGUGUCGCGAAGCAGCAGCAGCAGCAGCAGCAGCAGACGGUGCAGCAGCAACAGCAGCGAAUGGACGGAUCUCUGCCGUUCGCGCUGUGCUUCAUCUGCAACGCCUCCGGCCACAUCUCCUCUCAGUGCCCGCAGUCAUCUACAGGUAAAUACCCCAAAGGCGGCUGCUGCCGCACCUGCGGGUCUAUCCAUCAUCUGCAGUUUGAGUGCCCCACGUUCUUAGCGCAGAAAGCAGAGUUGCAGCAGGCGAGAGAAGAGAAAAAGAAAAAGAAAAUCAGCAGCAACAGCAGCAGCAACAGCAGCAGCAGCAGCAGCAGCAGCAGCAGCAGCAGCGGUAGGAGCCGGAACAGACAGCCGGAGGAAGACGCGGAUAUGUACUGGUUGAAACAGCUAAAUGCAUAA